AUGACCCAACGAUCUUCUGUCACCAUCAAGUCAGGAAGCACCCGGAACUUCAGUGCUUCCUCGGCCAGCCUCCUCCCGGGCUGCCGGCCCAGCUUUAGCUCCGUCUCUGUGUCCCAGGGCGGGAAGAGCUUCGGGGGCAGCUUUGGGGGUGGCUUCGGCACCAGGAGCCUCCACAGCUUCGGGGGGAGCAAGAGAACCUCCAUGAGCGGCAGCUACCGCUGCAGCCGGGCCAGCAGCGGGGGUGCCGGCUACGGGCUGGGUCUCGGAGGCAUGGGCUACAGGGCCGGGGGAGCCUUCGGAGGGUACGGAUUUGGAGGUGGGAUGAUGUCUGGCUCCGCCGGCAUCCAGGAGGUCACUGUCAACCAAAGCCUCCUGACCCCCCUCCACCUGGAGAUUGAUCCCUCCCUCCAGCGGGUGCGAAAGGAAGAAAAGGAGCAGAUCAAGACCCUCAACAACAAGUUUGCCUCCUUCAUCGACAAGGUGCGGUUCCUGGAGCAGCAGAACAAGGUGCUGGAGACCAAAUGGAGCCUCCUGCAGGAGCAUAAAACCACCAGGGCCAACAUCGAGCCCAUGUUUGAAGCCUACAUCAGCAACCUGAGGAGGCAGCUGGAAUGCCUCGGCGGUGAGCGGACUCGGCUAGAGUCGGAGCUGAAGAACAUGCAGGACGUGGUGGAGGACUUCAAGAACAAGUACGAAGAAGAAAUCAACAGGCGCACAGUGGCGGAGAAUGAGUUUGUGGUGCUCAAGAAGGACGUGGACGCCGCCUACAUGAACAAGGUGGAGCUGGAGGCCAAGGUGGAUGCCUUGAUGGAUGAAAUCAACUUCCUGAGAGCUUUCUAUGAUGCGGAGCUGGCUCAGCUGCAGGCUCAGAUCUCAGAAACCUCCGUGGUGCUGUCCAUGGACAACAACCGCAAGCUGGACCUGGACAGCAUCAUCUCUGAGGUCAAGGCGCAGUACGAGGACAUCGCCAACCGCAGCCGGGCCGAGGCCGAGUCCUGGUACCAGACCAAGUACGAGGAGCUGCAGCGGUCUGCCGGCCGGCACGGGGAUGACCUCCGCACCACGAAGAUGGAGAUCUCCGAGCUCAACCGCGUGAUGCAGAGGCUGCGCUCUGAGAUCGAUAACCUGAAGAAGCAGUGCGCCACGAUGCAGUCCGCCAUCGCCGACGCCGAGCAGCGCGGGGAGCUGGCCCUCAAGGACGCCAAGCACAAGCUGGCCGAGCUGGAGGACGCCCUGCAGAAGGCCAAGCAGGACAUGGCCCGGCAGCUGCGCGAGUACCAGGAGCUCAUGAACGUCAAGCUGGCCCUGGACAUCGAGAUCGCCACCUACCGCAAGCUGCUGGAGGGCGAGGAGUGCAGACUCACCGGGGAAGGCGUCGGACCCGUGAACAUCUCCGUGGUCUCCUCCAGUGGGGGUACGGGCUACAGCUCCGGUGGCGGCAGCCUGUGCAUGACCGGCGGUGGCUACAGCAGCAGCCUGGGCUACAGCUCGGGCGGUGGCUUCAGUUCCACCAGUGGCCGCAACAUGAGCGGCAGCAGCUCCAGCGUGCGCAUCAUCUCCAAGACGUCGUCCACCAAGAAGAGUUACAGGAGCUAAAAGGGCCGCACCAGCCCCGGCUGCCCCCUCCAGACCCCCACCCCCUCGUUCCCAGCCCUAAGACCUGCCGCUUUGCUGAUGCCCCACAUGCAAAACCAACAGCAGGAGGCGUGGGGAGUGGCCCGUGAGUUCUAAGGUCACCUUGUCCAUCCCUCUGCCUCCAGAUGGGUCCCCACAGAGGUACCUCUCUUGCUCCUUAUCCCAGAGCCCUCCAGGGUCCCCAGACAUCCGCUCCAACUAAUGCCGACUCACCUGCUCUGCGCCAAGACCCAGGCUAGGACUUUGUCCAUCAGCAGCUUCCAGUGCAGGGGUGCAGGAGGGUCUUCUCCUCCCCAAGGGAGCCAGAUCCACAGCACCCACAGUCCUUUACGGGGGAGGGCAGGUGCUUAGAAUUGACCUUGGUGCUCCCAAAGCAGUUGAGUGUAGUCUAUCUAGGCCAGAGCCCCGCGUGUGUGCUCUCUCAUCACAGACGGGACCCUUCCCUACAGGCCCUCUCAGACCAGGGCACGCUGCCAACCCAACGGGCCUACUGGACCCUCACUUCCUUCCUUCUUGUCCCCUGCCAGGCCCCCACCCACUUCCCCUGACAACUCCCACCAUCUUAUUGGAAUGAGAAACCAACCCCCUUCAGAAUAUGACCAACUCGAUUAUUCAUACUAGAACAGAAGGAUUUUACCAAGAACCCAAGGGUUCUCCACGUCCCGGGGCUGCAUUCCACGAUAGCUCGCCGCCAAAUUCCUUCCAAAUCUGCCUCAUUUAAGCCAAUGUUAGACUUCCCACCGCGUGCAGAACCGCCCUGCUGCCGAGUGGGGGGGGCGGGCAGGCUCGUGCCAGGCGUGGGAAGGCGGCGGGGCAGCAGACGCGCCAGGAAGAGGAGCCCAGCUAGGCUGUGUCCGAGCGGCCGUGGGACGCUCCUCCCUCAGAAUAACCCUCCAGGCUCAGGAGUCGUUCUCCUCCCUCUGGUAGCCAUGUCCCUUUUCUGGAAAGUUCUCUGUCCUCCUUACCUUGCUCUUCCCCCCCUCCCUCCUCGUUCUCCCCCUCCCCCACCCUGCGCAUCUCCUCUCUCUCCACCCCUCCUCUCUGCUCCUUUAUUUCUCUCCUUUCUUGCCCUCCCACUCAUCUGUUUGGCAAUAGAUCUCCCGCUCCCUCUCUCCUGACCUUCUUUUUCUACCGUCCCUGUCUCUGAAACGUCUACAGUGUGGAUUUGCCUGUGCCCUGGCCUGGCUAGAAAUGACACUCUUGAGGGCAGUCCACCAAACCCCCUGCCCCACAGGGGAGACGUAAGAGGGCAGACUCAGAAGAGAGGCUGAGCGUCCUCCGGCGUCUUUCCUCCCCCUCAGAGGAUGCUUGCUCCGUCUGUGGAGGAAGCAGAAGUAGAGGAGCCGUGGGAGAGGGAGGAAGACAUAGGCAAAGAGAUCUCUUUGAGGCUGGCCUUCAUGGGUGGUCUCCCUACUUGAGGAGCUGUGAGUCCUCAAAACACCUGCCAUGUCCUGGUGCAUGCAUCCCAAAGGCAAGCAGGGACUGGCUGCCCGCUGUGGACAUUUAGACAGUAGAGAUACAAGUCAGAAAACAAAGUCCCCCCGCUCCGAUCGUCUCAGACCCUCCUGACCUACCUGCUCCCCGUGUGUGCCCCUUUCCUGAAAUUGCUUCAAUAAAGCGUCACUGAGCUCUCUA